UGUACUGCCGGACGCCAUGUUCAUUUAGGAGUAAAAUGUACAUCAAACUCAGGGCAGGAGAGGACCGUUGAAUCAUUGAAGUGCUCAUUAUCAUAUUGAAAUUUAUUCAGUAAAAAUUCAUUUUCAUUCUAAGGAAAUUCAUAUUUUCCAUACAAAGAUGCUACAAGAGUUGGAACGAUGUGCUAUUCUGCGGAGCAAAGCUGCUCCAUUCGUGAUUAUUCAGUGUUACACGUGCUGGUCGACUUUUCUAUUCUCGAAUAGUAAUUAUCAUUUGUUAAUCGUUGCCGAUAUUUUGAUCUUGAAUAUUUGCUACAUUAUGUUUCUCACGGAGGAAAUGAGGUUAAACAACAAAACAAUUGUAUCUCAGGGAAAGUCCAUUGGGAAUUUGCAACUACUUGAUUCGCUAAAUGGACGAAAACGACUUGAGGAAUCAAUAUUAGGGAUUGUGGAGUGUACGUACGUUUCUCAUCCAAAUGAAUCACAAUCCGAAGUUCCCAUGCUCAAUUGGAAAACAACCAGAUGGAAAUUCGUUCUCAUGUCAAAAGUCAUCUGGAUAACUAAUGGCUGCCAACAAUAUUUAUCAAUAUUUGCAUUGAUAAUGGCUUCAUUUUCAAGAAUAAUUUGCAUUUAUGUACGAGAAACGAAUCAUAUCAUGCCGAGGCUGUGUUGCGUGGCGGAGUCUGAUGCGAUUCAGGCUGUCGUCGAAUACAUUGACAAUUUCCGCACAAAUGAAUUUCCUACGAAUUGGGCAUGUUUAUGAAUCAUCUUCGUCGGUCUUCUGACUUUAAUCUGAUCUGAAAGAUUCAUAAAAAUGAAAGAAUCAUGAUGUUCAUUAGAAGGUCCUUCCGGUGGAAAAAUCUCCUAGUGAGAUGGGUGCCGGGGAGAUGAGUCUAAGAGAAUUUUUUUAUUUUUUGGGAGCAAGGUAUUCAGCCAUUACUGAUCAAGUCUUGGAAAAAAAACGAAUUUUGUCUGAGGUUUUAUUCAAGUUUCCCUUAAUAAACGGUGAAAUUGAAUUUUGCCUUCCAAAAGGGAAAAUGAAUCAAUCAAAUGAAAGUAACUGAAUGAAAAUAUAAAAUUUGCGCAUGAGAAAUUUAAUGUCAUUUAUUUAUACGAAAUUUUUACAAGGAAUCGACUGUAAAAAAAUUAAGAGAAUGAAUGAUUGAAUUUGGAAUAAAAUCAAUUUUACUUACUGCCAAUUUCUCCCUCGAAGAGAGAAAUCACUCGGCAUGUGCCAACAUCGGCGGACCUUCUCCUGGUGCAAAUCAUUAGUAAAUUUUUUGCUAAUGAUUGUAAUCAACCAUAACCCUUUCUACUUGUCAGAAUGCAAGGUGAUAGAACACUGCACACAAGUAUUCCUCCGUGCUCGAAAAAAAAACGAAUGUACCCAUUGAUGCUUAAUAAACUGUAACUUCGAAGCAUUCAAUGUUCAUUUAUUGGGAUAAAUAAUGGAAUAAUAAUAUGGACAACGAUAUAAACAACGGACCAGAGUGUAUGUAAAUAUUAAUGUCGAUAACGUAGGAACUACCAAUGAUCUGCGGGGCGAGGGGGGGGUUGACAAUGAUUACUUACCGCAGCUUUAACUAAUAAAUGAUGAUUGUACAAACGAUAAUAAUAUCAAAUUCGUAAUGUACAAACGAUUUCCUUUGAGAUAGACCCCUAACUUGAGCUGAUUGAACAGUUUGAAAUUUUUGUCGGCUAGAAUCAUGCCAAAACUUCAUUAAUUUUUUUAAAUUAAUUGGUGGGUG